AUGGCAGCUUGCUCCGCGUCAGAAGUUCGCAGGGCAGUGGCGGUGCUGGAGGCAGUGGCAACCUCUGCGUCCACUGAUUACCAUACUGCUUUCGAUUUGCUGCUGGAGCGCUGCCGUCACGACCUUAUGGAGUUCAUGGCGUAUGUCGAUACGGACGUGCAUCAUCGCUUGGCUGCUCUUCGCGAUCUGUUGACUUCUUUGAAGUAUGACCAAGCCAUUCCGAUCGAAACUGCACAACCGUAUCGUGAACUUUUGUCUUUUCAGGAUGCCGCCUCCAAGAAGACCCUUGAGAUUCGCAGGUUGUGUGCGCAGUCCUCUGUGCUUGCUACGUUCUGCCCGGCUGGUGGAGCAGCUAUGUAUGCAUGCGAGUACAUGCGAGAUCAGUGCCGAGCCAUCGGACAGGACAGGACUGCAAAGGGGCAUUGCUUCAGGACAGCACUUUUCCAUAGCGGCCUCAGCGGCUGA